UUCAGGGUUUGUAAAGGAAAUAAAAACACUAUUCCCGGAAAAAAAUGGGGCUUUCACUCUUGGUAUUAAAGUAAUAUUCGUCAGUUUCGUAAAUGUUAUUUAUAUCGUUUUGCGGAAAUCUGCUUACUUUUUUAAAUAAUUUUUGUACGAAAAUACGGUGGCUUUCAACCAAAGAAAAUUGAUUAAAUAAAACAAGAUACUACAUAGUAGGUACAGAAAAUAUCACAAAUCUUAGAUAAUUUGGUGUGUUUUACAAAAAAAAUAACAAAACAAUGAAUGGAUCUAGGCAUCGUGACAAGCAAAUUCCACACCGCAACAGGACAAAACCUAUUAAGAAAUGGCUUCGUAGAGAAGAAAACGAGUUGAUCAGUUUUUUAAAACAGAAUCGAGAUUUUGAGAAACCAAUAUCACGAGUUUACUACAACAAAUUUAUUAAAGAAACUGGAAUGGAGGUUGAUUGGCAAACUGUACGCUCGAAAGUACGUAAUAUGCGAACAAGAUAUCGCAGAGCCAAAGAAUAUGAAAUCAAUAAAGGAGAUGACAUUGAUUGCACUAUUGAAGAUAUUCGAUAUGAAAUGUUAAAAACCUGUUGGCAUGUCGAUGAUUUCGACGAUAUUUUUCCCAAUGAAAUGGACAGUUAUAUUUACAGAAAACCCAAAGCAAACAGUUUUGUAGAUUUUUCAAACCAAGAAUCAUCUUCUAAAAUCAAUAAUUCAAGAAAAAUUUGGACUGAAAAAUAUUUUCAAGAAAAUGAACUAACAUCGAGUUCAUCCUCUAGUAGCACAGAUGGUGAUGUAUUCAAAGUGCAGGAGGAUACGUUCAAUUUCAAAACACAAAAACAUGAUAAAGACGAAAGUAUAAAGCAACAGGAAAUUCAACUGCUCAAAGAAAAAUUUAGUUUUGAAAAAGAGAAAUUUCGCCAAGAGUUCAGAUUAAAAGAAAAAGAGAUCGAAAGCCAGGAGAGACUAAAGGUUAUGGAAUUGCAAAUGAAGGAGAGAAUUGCGAUGAAGGAAUUAGAACUUAAGGAGAGACUGGCGCUGCAAUCAAUGGAAAAGCAAGAAACAUCUUAUAAUAAUGUCUAUCAUAACUUGACAUAAAUCUCAAUUUAAUAUUUAAUAAUAAAUACUAUUGAUACAAGUAAUUUAACGAUAGAUAAAA